AUGAUCCAGAAUAUUCUGCAGCCACCCCUACAGGAACUGGACACAGAGUAUAUCGUGCAAGACGGAAGGUUCCUAAAUCCGCGGGUCUUCGACUGCGCGCCCCUUGAACAGGAAGUUUCAAUGCAAACUGUAGGCGAACUUGAGUGCGAGCAACGAUUCGGACAAGCUGAAUUGCACUUGGACUCCGCACACUCAAGCAUUUCCGAAGGCUUUCGAUUCAUAGAGGCUGAGCCAAUCGACUGCUUGGGUGACAUGGAUGUUGAGCUUGAGAUUCACGCGACCGGAUUGAACUUCCGCGACGUCCUCACAUCAUUAGGCCAGAUACCCAACGCAGUGGCUUGGAAGGAAUGUGCUGGUGUGGUCACCAAGGUUGGGAGCAAGUGCUCGAAGUUCAAGCCAGGCGAUCGGAUCGCCGGGAUUGCGCCUGCGUCUUUCCAGGCCCGAACCAGAUUCCGAGAGGACACACCCACGCCAAUUGUUCACAUCCCAUCUGGGAUGUCUUUGGCCGCAGCCUCGGGAAUCGCAACAAACUUUUUGACAGCUUGGUACUCACUCACAGAUGUGGCUCGCAUUCAAACUGGAGAGUCAGUAUUGAUUCACUCUGGGGCUGGUGGUACAGGACAAGCUCUCAUUCAACUGGCAGUACACUGUGGGGCAGAAGUAUAUACCACUGCGCCGUACGGCCGGUUCGUUAAACUAGGACUGAAAGAUAUCUUGGAAAAUGCUAAACUACCAAUGGCACAAUUCCGAAACAACGUCACCUAUAGGUUUUUUGACUUGUCAUUGGUGCUGCGGGAUCGCCAAUUGCACGUCCGCGCUGCACUAGAGGCCGUAAUGCGCCUAAUGGGUGAGGGAAAACUUCAUCCCCAGGAACCAACGCUUGUAUACGGUGUUAGUGAACUGGAAAAGGCGUAUCGACAUAUGCAGUCCGGGAAAAACCUUGGUAAGAUAGUGAUCGAAAUGCGCCACACCGAUAUCGUCAAGACCGUGAUAAAGUCAAGACCAAACUCCUCCUUCGCGUCUAAUGCCACCUAUCUGAUUGCUGGUGGUUUGGGCGGCCUAGGCCAAAGCAAAGACGCCAAUUCUCGAAAAUAUCUUGAUCAGAUGAAAGGAGAGGGGGUUAACGUUCAAGUAUAUGCGUGCGACGUUGCGGAGGAGGGCGAAUUAAGCACAGCGCUGACCGACGCGGCGCGUCACAUGCCUCCCAUCAGAGGUUGUGUGGCUAAUGCAUUCAAUCAGGAUGUUGGGUUCGAGAGUAUGAGCCACGAUGACUGGCAAGCGGCCGUCAGGCCCAAAGCACAAGGGUCCUGGAACCUCCACAAGCUUCUCCCGCAUGGGCUUGACUUUUUCCUCAUGCUCGCCUCGAUGAAUGGGGUAGUUGGGCAUAUAGGCCAGGCAAACUAUGCCGCCGGGAACACAUUCCAGGAUGCGCUGGCCCAUCACCGCAAAAGAUGUGGAGAGAACGCCGCAACGCUUGACCUUGGGCUAUUCACUUUCGCUGGACGAGUCGCCCGUGACCCAAAACUCCUUAAAAUCAUGCUAAGCAUCCUUCCACACAAGCCUAUCACCGAGACUGAAUUCCACGCGCUUCUUGACGUAUACUGCAACCCAGUUGUCUGCAAAGAGAAGGGGCUACCUUGCCAAGUAUCGUUCGGAAUGCGUCCACAAGAUGAAGGUACAGCACUCAAGGCCUACUGGGUUGGAAAGCCCAUGUUUCGGUAUGUAGCUCAGCAGCGGCUAUCGGAAGGGCAGCGUGAGCGCCAGGGCCAGUCCAUUGAUCUUCCAGCUGCAUUCCGAGGGGCCGAAUCAUUGGCUGACGCAACCGCCGCGGUUAUAAAGGCCUUGACCACCAAGCUUGCACGGACGUUGUCCGUGGAAGAGGACAAUCUAAAUGAGCAUAAGGCUUUGCAUCAGUAUGGGGUUGACUCUUUGGUGGCCGUGGAACUACGGACUUGGUUCGCCAAGGAGCUCCAGGCAGAGGUUGCUACGUUUGAUAUUAUCGGUCGCGCGACUAUUACUUCCCUAGCCGGGGUUGCUGCGAGUCGGAGUAAGCUGCCUCGGGGUUGGUCCUGA